UCGGCUCAUUCUGGUGCAAUCGCUAACACUACAGCUCGGAUCGCAGCUAUUUAGUAGAGAACGAAUGACCGAGAUAUAGCUGCCGAGAUUUGAUCCAGGACUCGAGCUCCCGUAUCUACCAUUACGAUGGCUAGAAAGUCUUUCGAUUUUAAGUUCAAUCUCAUUUUGGUUGGUGACAGUGAUGUUGGCAAAACGAAGAUUUUGACUCGAUUUGGUUUAGACGUGGGGGGUUUGCCUGAUUUUUCGACGGGCAUGCCUGACUUCAACACAAAGACAGUGCUAGUACAAAAGAAGCUGAUUGAGUUGAAGCUAUGGAAUACCGAAGGGCAGGAGAAAUUCCGCUCCAUCAAUGCUGAUUUGUACAGAAGAGCUAUGGGUUUUAUGCUGGUGUAUGAUAUCACCUCGAGGAGUUCUUUUGACAACAUUUUCAUGUGGCUUCGAGAAAUUGAGGAGGAGAGGGCACCAACUGAAAUUGAGAGAAUAUUAUUGGGCAAUAGGUGCGAGAUGUGUGACAGACGGAAAGUCAGCAAGGAAGAAGGGGAACGAUUUGCAAGAGAACAUUCUAUUCCAUUUCUGGAGACAAGUACAGAAAAUAACUUGAACAUUGAGCAAGCGUUUAUGACGUUAACAGAAAACAUUCUUAAGAAGGUCAUGUCCGUAUCUCCAUUGUCAUUGCCUGUCAGCUUCCUCAAGCAAGAGCUCUCUAUCAAUAAGCAUACAAAUACAGGCGAACACAUAACGGGUUUUGAGUAA